AAAAAAAAAGAAUUCAUCUUUUUGUCUAGCAAAAAUGGCUGAGGCCGUUGUCAGUUUUGCUGCGGAAACAAUUGGCAACCUGUUGAUUGAAGAAACGAAGUUCUUACAAGGGGUGAGGGACCAAGUGGAGCAACUUCAACUAGAGCUAAAGCGGAUACAAUCGUUCUUAAAAGAUGCAGAUGCAAGGCAGCAUGAGGAGGAAAGGAUCAAGGUGUGGAUUUCACAAGCUAGAGAUCUAGCUUAUGAGGCCGAUGACUUGAUUGAAAGAUAUGCUUUCAAAGUCGCGUCCCGAAGGAGGAAAGGCGUUAGAGGCACCACAAAGAGAUGUGUUGGUAUCCUGAAUGAGUGCUUUCCUAGGCACACCACAGGAACGGGUAUUCAGACUCUGAAAACGAAAAUCUCUGAUCUCACCAAAAGUUUCCAGGAAUAUGGGAUCGCAGCUGUGAUGGAAAGACAGGAUGGCGCAAGUUCAUCGCAUCAACAAUUGAGGCGGACAUAUUCCCAUGUUGUCGAGGAUGACUUUGUUGGAUUGGAGGAUGAUGUUGAGAUGCUGGUAAAGCAUCUGUUGAGGGGAAGCGAUCAUGAUCAUGAGAUCGAUCAACACUUUAGAGUUGUCUCCAUCUGUGGGAUGGGUGGCUUGGGAAAGACAACUCUUGCCAGAAAGGUAUACAAUCACCCUGAACUGAGGCGCUGCUUUGAUGGUCUUGCUUGGGUAUGUGUCUCGCAAAAGUGGCAAAAGGAAGACAUUUUGCAAAGGAUCUUGCUAAGCCUGAUCCCAGAAAAGAGAGAAGAGAUACUGGAGUGGAGGGAUGAGGAGCUCGUCAGGCAACUUUUUCAAAUCCUGCAAAACAAGAAAUGUCUUGUGGUUCUUGAUGACAUUUGGGCCACAGAACCAUGGGAAUGUAUAAAGCAAGCAUUUCCAAUUAGAAACGACGGAAGCAAGAUCUUAGUUACAUCUCGCAAUAAAGACGUGGCUUUGCAUAUUGAUCCCAGUGGUUUUCACCACGAACCGCGCUUUUUAAGUGAGGACGAAAGUUGGCAGCUGCUACAGAGGAAAGCUUUACGGGGCAGGUUUCAUGGAGAACAUGAAGAUUUAAAAAAAUUGAAAAACUUAGGGAAGGAAAUGGUGAAAGCAUGUGGGGGUCUUCCAUUGGCUGUGAUAGUACUCAGCGGAACUCUUGCCACCAAGAAGGACCUGAAUGAGUGGGCGACUGUCAAUAGAAACAUUAAAGCUCAUCUUGGAAGAGGAAACAACUUGAUCAAAGAAGAAGGAAAUCUGCACAAGAUACUAGCUUUAAGCUACAAUGACUUGCCCUACAAGUUGAAGCCUUGCUUCCUUUACUUGAGUAGAUAUGAAGAAGACUCUGACAUAGACACAGAGGCAUUGUACCAGUUAUGGAUUGCAGAAGGUAUAAUAUCAACAAAAGAUCAGAUUGGUGAAGAAUCAAUGAUGGAUGUAGCAGAAAGAUACCUGGGAGAAUUAGUAACACGGUGCAUGGUUCAAGGUAAAGCCCCUGAUGAUGAUGAUGUGAUGCUGUCCUCCGUUGGAAGAUCAUUCGCAUCGUGUCGCCUUCAUGACUUAAUGAGAGACCUAAGUUUGCUCAAGGCCAAAGAAGAGAAUUUCUUGUUAUCCAUAAGCUAUUAUCAUGAUGGAAUUCUCAAUGAGCAUGGCAAUAAUGAUCACUCACAAGUUUACCGUCUAGCUGUCCAUUUUUCUAAGGAGGGUGCAAGGAAAUAUUUCCCUCCAGCUGAGAAGAGAAAUACUAGGCACCUGAGGUCACUUGCCUUGUUGGUCUCAGGUAAUGAAGGUUAUGAAGGGCGUCUUACUAAGAAAAUGAAGUCUCAAUUCAAUCGGUUCAAAAUGCUCAGAGUGUUGGCCAUUGAAGGGCUCUGUCCUGCGUUGUCUGGAGAUCAAAUACUGAAAAGUAGUGCUUAG